AUGGCAGCUGAGCUUGGCCUUCUCUCCUUGACCCAGCUCCAAAAAUUGGCUCAUUCCAAACAAAAUCAGAAUCUUCAGCAAUUAAACCCUACUGCGUGGAUGUGGAACCCUAAGCAAGAUCAGGAAGACGAUGACUCGUGGGAGGUGAGAGCCUUUGCAGAAGACACUGGAAAUGCUAUGGGAACCACCUGGCCGCCGAGAUCUUACACUUGCACCUUUUGUCGAAGGGAGUUCCGGUCAGCCCAAGCCCUAGGCGGCCACAUGAACGUGCACCGCCGUGACCGUGCGCGGCUACACCAAGCGCCGCCUAAUCCCGCCGCCAUGACACCAGCUUCCAGUACUUCUUCAUUUCUAAUCCCAACUCAAGAAUUUGUUGCCAAUGGCGGAUUGUGCCUGCUCUACCAAUUACCAAACCCUACCGGUGCCUUCAUGACCUCAACAGUACCAAUAAAUGCAUUUACUGAGUCAUCAUCACCUUCUACUCUUCCCUCUAUCUCACCCUCUCCACCUCACCCUUUGAUGUCUCCUAAUUGCUCUCCAUCCAUUGAUUUUCCAUUGGGAACACCAGGUACCGAUUCUUUUCACUGUCACUCUAGCAAAGCAAGAGAACCCUCAUCACAGCUAGCCAACAAAGAUAAAAGCAACGAAGAUGUUGAUGAAGAUCUUGAUCUAGAGCUUCGGCUAGGGCAGAGACCGAUGCCAUCAUAAGAAGCAAGCAAACAUGGUGUUUGAGAAAGAGAGUGACAUUAAUGUGUAAGAUACAGUCUUUCAUGGAAUUGUGUGAGAUUUUUUUGUUUCUUUUUUUGGUUU